GGGAGGGAGCGGAGGGGAAGCCACGGGACGCGGAGUCGGCGGAACGGCUGAGCUGGCGGCGGCGCCGGCUGUCAGUCGGGGAAGUUCUUGGUGGAACAGCGGCUUCUCGGGGGAGGGGGACCGGUGAGGCCGAGCCCGGCUGGAGAUCGCUCCGGAGGGGGGCGCGCGCGGCUCGCGGAGAGCGGGUGCGAGCGAGUCCCGGGGGAGGCUGAGUGGGCGCCCGCUGGAGCCUAGGGACGGCAGGGUCACCUGAGAUGCCCACUGGCUGAGACGGGGGCGGCAGGGGACCUGGGUGCGGGCAUCGGGGCGUCCUCUCUGCCCCGGAGCAGAGCUGCCGGGCGGGUCGGAGGACGCCGCUACCGGGUCCUGCGCUCGGACCACAGGUGGGGCGCAGCCGGACAGGUACGGCCUCCCCGGCUUUGCGGGCUCCGUGGGGACAGCGCGUGUCCUGGUAGGAGGUGGCCUGACCUCUUCCGUCUAGAAUUCAGGCAGAGCCUGGAGCCGCCGCGGGUCCGACGAAGCCGCCGCAGUGAAGCAAAGCGCACGAACUUUUUGGUUUCCCGGCCCCUAUAGAGCCAUGGUUACACUCCACUGUAGUCUGUGAAGUGUGCAAUAGCGUUGUGUCCAAGAAACGUACAUCUCAAUGGAAACACUUUAUUGCUAAAAACUGCCGACCGUCCUCUGAGCCUCCCACGGGGCUUAGUCUUUUUGCCUCCAAGGACUGACUGCUGCAGCGCUCAGAGUCGGAGGAAAUGGCAGAUCUGGACAGUGAUUCCAGGCAGCUGCUCGCCCCUGAGGCGGACCGUGAAGUACUUCCCGGGCCCAUGAAUAUCCAGUUUGAGUCAUCAGAUCUAAGACCCAAUAGGCCUUUCCACGUGGAGCCCACCAACAUCGUCAGCGUGAGUGGCGUCCUGCAGCGGGUCAGCGACCACGCCUCGGCCAUGAACAAGAGGAUUCACUACUACAGCCGGCUCGCGGCCCCCGCGGACCAGGCGCUGGUUGCCCCGGACCACGUGGUCCCGGCCCCGGAGGAGCGCUACGUGUACAGCCCGCUGGGCUCCGCGUACAAACUCCAGAGCUGCCCCGAGGGGUCCGGGAAGAACACCAGCCUCGUGACCAUUUUCAUGAUCUGGAACACCAUGAUGGGGACCUCGAUACUCAGUAUUCCUUGGGGCAUAAAGCAGGCGGGAUUCACGACCGGGGUGUGCGUCAUCCUGCUGAUGGGCCUGCUGACCCUGUACUGCUGCUACCGGGUGCUGCGCUCACGAGCCACGAUACCGUCGGUGGACACCACGGCCUGGGAGUUCCCCGACGUCUGCAGGCACUACUUCGGCGCCUUCGGGCAGUGGUCCAGCCUGCUGUUCUCCCUGGUGUCGCUUGUCGGGGCCAUGAUCGUGUACUGGGUGCUCAUGUCCAACUUCCUGUUCAACACGGGGAAGUUCGUGUUCAAUUUUAUUCAUCACAUUAAUGACACAGAUGCCGCACUGAGUACCAAUGAUAGCAACCCUGUGACCUGCCCGAGCGCUGGCAGCGGCCAUCCCGACAAUGGCUCUGCCAUCUUCGCCAACGCCACGGGCCUGCAGCAGUUUGAGAGGUGGUGGGACAAGUCCCGGACGGUGCCCUUCUACCUCGUAGGGCUGCUCCUGCCGCUGCUCAACUUCAAGUCGCCGUCCUUCUUCUCCAAGUUCAAUGUCCUGGGCACGGUGUCCAUCGUCUACCUGACUUUCCUCGUCACCUUGAAGGCUGCUCGCUUGGGGUUUCACUUGGAAUUUCACUGGUUUACGCCAACAGAGUUUUUUGUGCCAGAGAUGAGAGCGCGGUUCCCACAGCUGACCGGCGUGCUGACCCUGGCUUUCUUUAUCCACAACUGUGUCAUCACCCUGCUGAAGAACAACAAGAACCAGGAAAACAAUGUGAGGGACUUGGCCGUGGCCUACCUGCUGGUGACGCUCACCUACCUGUACAUCGGGGUCCUGGUCUUCGCUUCCUUCCCGUCACCGCCGCUGCCCAAGGACUGCAUCGAGCAGCAUUUUCCAUGUUCUGGUCCUGAAUCUGAUCAUUGUGGGAGCUGGCGUGAGCAUGGCCUGUCUGUACCCCAACAUCGGCGGGAUCAUAAGGUACUCGGGAGCCGCCUGCGGUCUGGCCUUUGUGUUCGUCUACCCGUCCCUCACCUACAUCCUCUCCCUCCGCCAAGAGGACCGCCUGACGUGGCCCUCGCUGCUCUUCCACGCCCUCCUCAUCGUCCUGGGCCUGGCCAACCUGGUGGCUCAGUUCUUCAUGUGACACUCCUGCCGCGCCCGGUCUCCGCCCCGUGCGCCAGCCACCUCCGCGCCAGCAACCGCCACACCAGCCAACAUCAUGGAAAACCUGAGAACAAGGGCAGCAGCCACCCACUCGUCCCUGAGCCGCGUGGCUCCGUGCGUGGAGGGGACGGUGGGAACGCUCUGUCUCCACCUGCCUCUGUCACUCGCCUCCUCACUCUCGCUGAGUCCUGAGCGGGAGGCGUGCCCUUGGGAGCGUCAGGCUGUGCUGCUUUUAGAUGUGAGGUGGGCGGUGCAUUUGGCGACAACGAGGACUCUCAGGUGUCCCUGCGGGGACUUGGCUGUUCCAGGGCUCACUGCACUCCCUGCUGUUUUGUCACCUGAUAGACGAUGGUUGCAGUUUGCCUAAACCUUUACUGUUUGGGACAGUAAACCAAAUACCUCAUUUUCUAAAAAGAAGUCUCCGUGACAUCAGUGUUAAUAGACUGAAUUUUUAACCAUGAAAGAAAGAAAAAGAAAUGUCACGAGGCCCCACGGCCAUGAACUUUAUACAAAAUAAAUGAACCAAUGG